AUGGAGGACGAUUACCGGCAGACAGCUGGUGAUACCUCUCCUAUUGAAAACUCCCAUCGUUCGUCUGCCCACGAGACCUCACAAGGUCACGGUAACACAGGCGAGGUAAGCGUCGAGAACCGAAUCUAGUUAUGCUGCCCUCCGUUGUGUUCAUUCCUGCUACUUCCGCUGACAUUACUGGCCUCUCAAUCCCCACGCCCUUGUUGUGCAGUUCCGUUUCGGUGAAGUCAUGGUGUACCAGGCCAUUCACACCAUCGAAUACUGCCUUGGCUGCAUAUCCAACACCGCCUCGUAUCUGCGACUUUGGGCCCUCAGUCUUGCCCAUGCACGUAAGAGACAUCUUCCUCCAUACGCGCCUUUUAUAUUUCACUAUUGACUGUAUCUGUUUCGAAUGAGGCAAAGGCGACGAAACCUGCAGAAUUUACUGACGUCAUAAAUCUCGAGACCUCUUAUUCAGCUGCACACGGUCAUUGCAUAUCUAUAUAACAAGGUAAACUGUUCAAUCAGGGAUCGACCUAGAGAGUUAAAACGUGAUAGGUAACACGAAAUAUGGGUUGUUGGCCUAGUAUGCGGGUGCACAUGGCGGGGGAGGGGCGGAGGGGACGAGGAGUCAUCUAAGCGCGUGAGGUAGAAUUACAGUGAGAACUUAUCGGGCGGGAUUAAAACUUCAACGCGCAGGACGGCAUUCAGUCAUGCGGGAGAGGGGGGGGGGUGGGGACUAAGGGAGAGGACGUAUAUGGGAACGAGGUUUCGUCCAUUAUCGAUCCUUACCAUGGCAGUGGUCCAGCUGCUUACAGAGUUCUGGUUUCCUCCUCCGUAUUGCAGCGGCCUCUGCAAAGCGCAAGAGACGCCCCGUCGUCCGAAACAGGACCUUGAAUGCAGCCAUUGGGUCCACUGUAUGGCCGGUGUCCACUAGGGGCUUUGUAAUUGAGUUCCUGGAUACCUUAAUUUCUGCCUUAAGCAGCCACUUCGGCCUUAUUCGUAUUCCGGGAAAACAUUUCUCUGUUUUAUAAUUUACGCCGAAGUUGUUAACCACUGACAAACGACAUCUUGGUAUGCCUUCAAAUGGAGGUCGAGAAAACGACUAACAGGCGAUAUACAGUAGAUGUGCUAACUCUCGAAAUGUUUGCCGAAAUUCUGAAGUGCAUUUCCGAAUCGAAAAGUUGCUUAAGUAGGGUUGUAGUAUUAACCACCGUGGAACAUAAUCCCAAGAUGCUUCAGUUACCCCGGGACGCGGGCUUUUUUAACGAGCUUCUUUGCGGUCGCCUGCAAAAACUACCCUUCGCAAAAAUAACUACUUAGGUAGGGCGAAUUUCCCUCAUUGAUUUUCGAUGCCCUUAUAAAAUCAAAUAUAUUUCAUAGAAAACAUGCAUGCAAAUAUUGGUUCUCUUAAUCCUUUGGUAGAAAACUGCGUCUUCUUCAAAUUUUAUACUCGAAGGAAGGGCACUCUUUCUUCCGGUAUAAAAUUUGAAGUAAGCAUAAUUUGCUACCAAACGAGUAAGAGGAAGAAUAUUAUGGUAGAGAGGGCGCUCACCGAUCGUUCUUGCGGAACUCACUCGUUCCAUUGUGCCUUACGGGCUCUCUCCCGAGCCCAACCAACAGCCACACAGCGGCGCAUGAUAUAGGCAGAAUGGUAUUACCGACAAAGGCAUGUUUUCUGCCAAAUAUAUUUGGAUUUGUAAGGGCAUCGAAAAUCAGUCGGAAAAUCCAUACCACUUUUUAUGGAAUGCAGUUUACGUAGGCAGUCAGUAAGCGGCUCCUUCUCAAGCCGGACAUCCUGACGUGACCAGAAUAUCUUGGCAUUAUGCAACAUGGUACUUAGCACGACGAUCGUACUUAAGUAAUCUUUUCGAAUUUAAUUUCGUUGAAUAGUUCAUUGGAAAGCACAUCCACUGUACGGUACGACGGAUGCGAGAGUGUUUGGCGCGUCUUUCUCGAAUGCUAAAUGAGUGUGGAAAUACGCGUUAGGCUGGAGUGUCGGUCCUAGGCAGGAGGCAGUCGUUGCAGCCACGGGAUCUCAUAUGGCUCUCUUUCUGAUGCUUCAAUAGUUUGGGUGUGGCUGCGUAUGAACCGGAUUAUAGUGCGGCUAGUGUUGGGCUCAGGUGUAUAUAUCGAGCCCCGAAAGGGCGACAUCCUUCUUAUAGCAGUAAACCCUGUGUCGUUUGAAGCUUUCCCAUAUUGGCCCAUUAGUCGGGAAAAUUGAAGUGAUAGUAAGACCUGUCACUCUGGGCAUGAAAGUACUCAGUCCACUGGCAUAGAGAGUGUGUGUGCCGCACACUUCUGAUUUGUUGCCAACUAGAAUCCACGGUAAGCAAGUGGUCGCUGUAUGUGCGGGGACGGUUUUUUUCCACGAAACUUGCAACCAUCUGCAUUACUAGUGCAAUCAGAUGCCUGACCUCUCUCUUCUACUUUGUUAAAGUAAAGAUGCAAAUUCUAGGCCAUUUGAACUUAACGCUGACACUGCGAAGCCACCAUACUAUUAGAAGGUCACCUAUUGACCUUUAUUAAUGUAGAAUUUCUUUUGAACUUGCACUUCUAGCAGCUGGCAAGCAGUUUCUAGCACAUGACACCUCUGAGACGCACACUUGUCCUUUUCCCACCCCUUGUGCUUAUGCGCACUGUUCUGAGCAAUAGUCAGUGCAUGCCAGUGAGACCGACCCACUCUGAACCGAAGCCUUUGUUUUCUCAUUCUAACAAGUCGGAAGCAAGUUUGGAUUUUUACAAUGCCGUAGGAGUCUUUACUUGGAGGCUUGUCAAUUGAAGGGCUAAUCAGCUCUUCUAGACUAAGGAUUGGAUCUCGAUGACCCAUUCCCAGCCUUUGUGGUAACCUAUGAAGUGAGAUGCGCGACCCCACUUUGGCGUCUGUGUGUGCGGGUCCGUGCAGGUAUCACCGCGUGAAUAACACUCUUAGGUCCAAACUUGGCCUCGUCAAACCUCCAAGCGUCUUGACUCCAUUUUGCCGUUAAAACAUCGUAGAUAUGUAGCGUAUAAGCGGUGAGUGUGAACCCAGUGUGCUACAAUCCUCAGGCCAAAUAUCGAGUCGGAGAAAAAGAAAAAGGUCGCCUAAUUGAGGGGUUUAUUGUGUAUCCCCCCGAGUUGUCCUCUUGGGCGGCAGUGAAUGCUGACAAAGCCAGUGAUGGUGUUGACUACGUCCAGUCAUGCCUGAGAGUCUUUGAGGCUGUCGUAGCAGCUGCUUUCGUAGGUUUUAGGGACAGUUUGAAGUGCUGCCCAGCUGGUGUGUGUAGCAUUUGCCGAGAAGUGGCGUUCAAGCUGCUUAUGUUGUAGUUGCUGGAAGAGAGGGAGGAAGUUCGUUCAAGUUUCGCACAGGCAGCCGCGACUAUGUGGACGCGUGUGAAGUUGAAGUCGGUUGAGUGGCUGCAGGUCAGCGCCUCUGGAACCGUCCGCGUGAAAAUCAUCGUCUUUUCGUGGUUUCGGCGGGGGGUGGGGCGUGUGUUUGGAAAUACGACUUCAAAUUGUUUUGCACGCCAUGACUAUCUAUGUAGCCUAUAGCCUAACUUUGUUCACGACACUUAUAUGAGGUCAAUUAUUCUCCGUAAGGUUGACGAAAGUAUACAUUUCAUAGUAUUCUACGGAGACGCGCAUCUUACUGAUUACACCUGAAAAUUUCAGGCGCACCUUCUUGAUUAAGCUGGGGGUAUCUCGGGCAUAUAUGCCAACUAGUUAUAAGGUCUCCAAAACAUGAAGACACGAACUGUUUCGAAGAAUGGUGGCGUUGGUAUUAGACCUUGCUUUUUAAACAGAACUCUCGCAUACCUUCAAAUAGUACUUUUUCGGAUGAGACGGCAUCUUGCAAAACGAGUGCUAGGAACGGAUUUAUGGGUGAGGUCGUCGUAGAUUACUAGUAAACUUCCAAUAAGAAGUCGACCCAUAAAUACACAAAUUCACGAGAUAUCAGGCUCAUAAUUGAUCACUAUUAUAACCAAAAUUAAGCACUUCUUUUCGCUCCAGACACUCUGUCGCCAAUGUCGUCCAGGUUGCCUGAAUUUCGACGUAUGACUGUGCACUUACGAGAGCAUGGAAGCUUAGCACAGCAGGCUCCAGCUAAUUGAAACAGGCAGACUCGCUGAGGGCACGAAUUAGUUUUGUUGUGAUAUCCUGACUCGGCUGUGGCAUAUGUAAAAGGACAUUGAUGGGUUGUACUUUUCGAUUAAAACCUACAGUGCAUGUUGCCGUUUCGCCUUUAUAGCUGAUUUUCUUAGCUGAGUGGUAUGUAAACUUUUUAUGUAUGCUUCGUAAACUCCGUCGUGUGAUUCGUUUUCUCCUCCUGUCUGGGGGCUUUUGCAAAAGGACACUCGAGGGCUGGUUCUUAAGGCGAAGAACUGCUUGAUUUUGGGAAACUAUUUGCCUCAUUGACAGCAUUUCAGUUCUCACUCCUUAUCUUCGUCUAAGUUUUUCUUUAGUCGACGCGCUCCCAGUUAAUCGACCAGUCCUCUAAAUGCACGUUAGUGUAGCCACAUCCCUAUAUUGCCUUCUCGCCUGUUGGUGAGCUGUCCGUUAAGAUUAAGAAACGCGAUACGCCCUCCGCGACUUCCUCUUCCUCCCACCUCUUUCUCCUGCAGCGCGAAUUUCUUAAACAACAUUUUCCCUCGGCUUUGUUUUUACGGUAAGUUAACAAUUUCUUCGUCCUGUUGUUCUUCCUAGAGCUCUCUGAGGUUCUUUGGGACAUGGUGAUGAUAAAUGGACUCAAAAUCAAUGGCUACUUCGGCUGUGUCAUCCUCUUCUUCGUCUUCGCUGCUUGGGCAUGCCUGACUGUUGGCGUACUAGUUGUGAUGGAGGGUUUGUCGGCCUUUCUUCACGCCAUUCGUCUGCACUGGUGGGUCUGAUUUCUGGUCUGACGUUUCAAGAAUCUAGUCAAAAACAGUUGCAAGUUUUAAUUUUAUAGGAUUGGAUAAUGGACAACUGACAAUUUUAAAUGAGACAGUUGUGUCUUUCUAGAUAAAACUACUUAUCACAGCGUGGAUAUGCGGAAGUAUGUUUUCCGAUCUCAUACGGGGCUGUAAUUGAAAAAGUUGAUAAAGUCACAUAAACAGCCGCCUAAAUAUGUACAGCUGGAAGUUGCCGCCAUACUUUUUCACCGAACAGCUAACAAGCUCAUACAAUAUUUAAUUUCGCAUGCCUAUUUUGAAAAGUGUUUAAAUAGUCUGUACCCGUCAAAAAUGUCCAUGCCCGAUCUAUCCAGAUGUGUUAAUUGAGGCGUAUUUCCACUUUAACAGGCAUGGGUCAUCCAGAAUAGUUUUCAAACGAAGGUUUCUACUAUUGUGACUGUUGUCGUUGUCAAUAUAUGACGUUUUCAAGUCGCCGAAACUUUUAUGAAAUCCGUUUUUUUAUGUCGCUCAUAAAAGCCUGUAAAUAUCUUAAUACCAAUCUACCUGAUGGGGUUGACAGACAGGAACUGUUUUACGCCAGAACCUUAACUAACUCAACUGCAGGAGAAGUUCGCAGUCGUCUUUCUGUCAAUAGUGGGCCAUUUGCGAAUGAUCCAUUUUUAUUUUCAGGGUGGAGUUCAAUAACAAGUUCUACGUCGGCGCCGGCUACUUGUUCGUGCCGUUCUACUUCCAAACUAUCCUUAACCAGGCCUCUGAGUGA